AUGGGGGCCCCGCGGCGCCGCCGGCACCGCCCGCCCACGGCCGGGGCGGGGCGGGGCGGGGAGGGAAUGACCCGGCCCAGACCAGCUCCAAGCGGGACUACAACUCCCGGCGUGCCUUGCGCGCCUUUUCCCUGCCCCACUCUCCACCCCGCUGGCGCGUCCAGCCCGCGUUUUUCCCGCCUUCUGAUUGGUCGCCGCCGGGCGGCGGCUGCGCGCCGAUUGGCCGCCCGCCACACGGAGCGAGCGGGCCAUUCCCGAGGCUCCCGGCGCGGCCCCUCACGGGCUUCCCCCGGCCGGCCCGCGCCUCCCGACCUCCGCCGGAGCAGCAGGGGCGGGCACUCUUACCUCUGGGCUGUGCUUGCGCUUUCAACAGGCACAGCUGGAGACUGUAGGAAGACACAUGCCAAAGCGAGUCUCAAUCCCCUGAGACACCUGCAAGAGGCAGAACACUGCAUGGCAAAGCAGCACUUGCCACAGGCACACCACUGGGUUCCUCUGGCAAGACUCUUCAGCAGCUUGCGGGGAAGAGUUUUAUCCCAGUCAGACAGCUGUGCCUCGAAGUAUCAGGUUUUGCGUAAGGCUAAGACAUCUAUCCAGAAGCUGGAGCAAACCUUGUGUUCUUUGCUGAAGAUGAAAGCCAGCUGCAGUCUGGAGGAUGGGAGCCCAUCCAGCUUGGAGGAAGUCAGGGAGGAAUAUGUCAGGAGGCAGUUUGGCAGUCAGAGCACUACAUCAGCCUCAGAAGAUAUGAGUGAAAGUGACUCUGCCAUCUGGUAUUUGCUUCAAGAAUGUGAAAAACAAACCCUGGAAGAAUAUGAGAAGCCAGAAUUGAUCCAGUUUUCAGACACUUUAUCCCCAGAUCUAGUGGAAUUUGAACGAUACCUGUAUUUUUAUAAGCACACAGUGGACCUGCUGGUAGAGCAUGGAAUUGUUUGCACCGGAGAGGUGCCUCUUCCUGAGGUCUCCACAGCUAUUUCCCAUCUCUGGCAAGAGCUUUCUGAAGAGAGCAGGGACAGCAUCUUGCAGUACUGUAGCCAGAGAGAUUUCCUCAUGGAUCCCAAGGCUGCUUGCCCAGAGCCUGCUUGCACUGAAGGUAGUGUGAGGGACAGCGGAGGUAACAGUGAGGAAGCCAGUGGUUCCUCAGUCUCCACACCAGAGGAAGUGAUGUUUGAAGAUGCAUUUGAUGUUGCUGCUGGUUUCCUUGACAGAAGCAAGGCUCAGGGAUUGUCCAGCCAGAGUUCAGCAUUUGCAAGCUGCACUUCUGAAAAUCCAGAGGAUCACCAGAGACUCUAUGUGCAGGUCACUGACUUCCUAAAACACCUCUUCUUCACUAAUACACAGUUUUGCCAGGAAGAAGACCUUCACUAUGAUCAUGAGACCGUGAUGCUGCGGUGCACGGAGACCUUCGAUGAUGAAGAUUUCUAAGCAGUGUCUCCAGCAAUGUUUUGCCAAGCCCUGCCAGAUACACCAGGCAUGGGAGGAGCCUCACCUCUCUCAGUGAGCUGCCUCUCUCAGCAGUGUGGAGACACUGUGUUGGUUUGUUAUCAUUGAUUUCUCCUUCCCUCAUUAGUAAUUCUUGAUAUAUCAGUUGAUUAAUUUAUACUUUUUAAAGGUUUUAAGGGUCUUAGCUAUUUAUUAAUAUAUGUUUUUACCCAUUGCUAUUUAAUGUUUAGCCUUGCUUCACAAAGAAAUGGAGGCAUGUACAGUUAUGUGACCUUGCCUAGCAUAAGGUGUGGGAAGAGCAGCAGGGAGGCCAGAUCAGUGGCAGUAUGCACACUCCCACAGGAUGCAGGUCUCAAACUGCACCCUGCAAAAGUCACCUCCUGGCAGUAAUUAUUUUUCUGGUGCAAUUUUUCAUCUUGGGCUCAUAAGGAAAGAGGGAUUUCCUCACAGAGAGUGGAAUGAGGCUCUUCUGUCUCUUUAUGAGGACAGCAGCAGUAAGCACCCACUCCCCAGUCACCCAAAAAAGUGUGGGCACAGUAAUACACUUUGGAUUAUUUACUUUUGUGAAGUGUGUAAAGCUGAGUGAUCAGCCCUGUGCUUUUCUUCCACAUCUAAUUCUUGGAUGAGUAGUGCUGCUCAGAUAGUGUCUUGGAAUUAAAAGUGCUGUGAAAUUGAAUAAAGUCCUUCACAUCUCUGAGUUAUCAUUAAAGGCUCUCUGCAGACUUGAACAA